GUGGGGAGGGAUGGCAUGGAGGGGCAUUGGCUGAGCUGUAGGAAACAGGAGGGAAGCAGCAGUGGAAUUGCUGGAGCUGGAGAGCUGUUCAGAAGCAUAAUAUCCAGAAAUGUUCCUUCUCUGCUCCCCUUUACUCUAUGGCAUGGGCUGAUCCAAAAUGCCUUUUCCCCUUCAUUAUACAGAUGGCCCAGAGGCUCGUGCUGAGGAGGUUUCUAUCCAUCUCCCCCCAAAAGCUCUCUGUGCCACUUGUGUCGAUCCUCUCCAAGGUGUCAGCAGCACCAUGCUACCCUAGAUCAGUUGUCCCUCUUACCCAGAUCACUGUACCUGCUUCCAUUAGGACGUUUUCUACCACACCUGUCUGCAGGGCCACCUUUAACAUCCAGGAUGGGUCUGACUUCCAGGACAGAGUUGUGAACAGCCAAAAGCCGGUGGUGGUAGAUUUUCAUGCACAGUGGUGCGGCCCCUGCAAGAUCUUGGGCCCCAGGUUAGAGAAGAUGGUGGCCAAGCAGCAGGGGAAGGUACUGAUGGCGAAAGUGGACAUUGAUGAUCACACAGACCUGGCCAUUGAAUAUGAGGUCUCAGCUGUGCCAACUGUGCUGGCUAUGAAGAACGGAGAUGUUGUGGAUAAGUUUGUGGGGAUAAAGGAUGAGGAUCAGCUGGAGGCCUUCCUUAAGAAACUCAUUGGAGCCUGAACAUGAGAAACCUGCACCCAGGCCUCUGGAUUUGGUCAUGUUGCAUGCUCUCUUGCCAGGAGAGGCAUGAAGCAAAACUGAACUGCCUUGUAGAACCUGUGCCCUUUUUUGUGUGUGGGUGUGGCCCACCUUCUUCUCUUGGGCAGCAGUAGUCCUGAGCAAUUCUGAGGGUGGGAGAAGCUGGAACUGGGCUUCCAUUUGUCUGCAAAGAACUGGUAGUGGGGAAAGCAGGAUGACUGCUGAAUUAGAGGUGUGUUUAUCAGUGUCUGUCCUAUCCAGACCCAGAGCAAUGGGUGGUUACUCUCUGCAGGAUAUGGACACAUAUUUGCUCUGGGUGGGUUUGUUAAAAUCGGGGAUUGCUCCACUUCAUCCAUGAUACCUGCAUCCUUUUCCUCCUGUUGCUGGGACAAGUCCGAAUCCUCUGUGGCUCCUUGAGCCUAUGCCACACUCUCCCCUGCUGCUGAUUUAUGAAGAGAAACAUUUUUUUGUUUUUUGGGGGGGGGGGGGAGGGGGGUUGUAGGUCUGUAAUAAAGAUAACUUUAUUAAUCACUUCUGUGUAAUUCUGUAGAAAAACCCCAUCUCUGAAAUCGUGGGGCAACUCUCACCUGCCCACCAAGGAGGGAGGAAUCGUAAGGGAUGCUGCUACUGUGAUAGCUGAGCAUAGACAAGGGGGCUCCCCAGGUGGAAACAGUGGGGCAGGAGUGCAAGGUGGGAUUUAAGAAUGUUGGGAGUGUCUCAUCAGUAUUAAAACUUAAUGCACUUGCUUGUUUUAAUACCAUUAUUUCUGUGCAGCUCCCAGCACAGCUCCUCUGGCUUAUGGACUAGUCGGACUUGUUUCAGGUGCUGCUGGAUUCUGAGACCCAGAAAGUUGAUACAUCUCCUGAUUGAGGAGGAACAUUGGAUCCUGCCAGUAAUGAACCACAGCUUGUUCUCACCCCUCCUCUACUCCCCAUCUCAUGAGCAAUCUGUGAGAGCUUCCACUCCUGUUUGCAUAAUUGAAGCUGUUCUUACCACUGAACUCUGGUUCAAGAGGCUGCAGGGAGUAGGUGCUGAGAAAAAGGUUGGCGAUGUGGAGGGAAGCUAUGAGGGGUCUCUACCUUUGGACUUUAACUAGCCUGGCCUUUAAAUGAUGGUAGUGAGUUUAUACAUUCAUAACUCUAGUUGAGUGCAGUUCCUCCCAGCUGCCUCUCCCCAUUCUGCCUGCCCUUUCUGCUUGUUCCUUCCAUCUGCCUCCAUCCUACCUGCUUAGCAGCAGCUGCUGCCACCUUCCCUAACCUCUCCCCUCAACUACUCCCAUCCAACACGCCUUGGAACAACUGCACAUUAGUGUUAUCAGUGAAUGGGUGAAACCCAUUGCCGCAGCCUGGCUUUUCCUUUAUAUCAGAGAGGCUUAAUUUCAGUGCAUUUAUGCCAUGCCCCUCAGAAUACUAUCAAUAUUUAAUGCCUUUAUAUGCGUUUUGUUUCUCUUUGUCUUCAGUCUCCCUUACUCUGCCUUGGCUCUGAACUCCAUCUUCUCCCAGCACACUUAUGUUAUUACAGCCGGAUAAGGCAUUUUCCUCCAGUUGUGUCAUUACCAUUUAUAACCAGCAGUAAAUUUUAAGGAGGGGUGAUCAAAGUCUGUAGGUGCUGGGCUGUAGCCACAAUACUGCUGGCAGUUUUGUUCUUAUCUCAAAGCUGGGCAAUGCUGGCUGAUCCACCACAGGAAGUGAUACCAGUGGCCCAGUAGGGGGCACUCUUCGCUUUGGGCCAAUGCUGAAGUAAUGCUCUGCUGCGUUGCUCUAUAGCUCUGCUGCUGGAUCUGACAUCUUUUGAAGGAGAUUUAAAACAAUUCUUAACCAAUUAUGCUCGUUAAAGAGCCCCUGCCAGCUUUUUGAAAUGGAAGGUAAUCCUGGUAAUAGUGCCAUGCUUCCUUAAAUUCCCCUAGCAAUUCACUACAGUAUUUUCACUUCUAGUAAAGACUGUCCAUUUGCCAGCAUAUGCAGGAAAAAUGGGGGAGCAACAUCAUAUGUUCCUACAAUAGUUAACUUUCAUGCCUUACCAUCACCCUAGAACAGGAAAAAACAGACGAACAAAGUGUGACUUUGCAUUGUGUGUAUAGGAGACAGUAUAAAUUAGCUAUUUUAUCGCUUCCUUCCAAGGGAAAAGUCUAGCUUAGGGUUUCUGUGGUAUUCCAGUAUCAAAGCACAGAGUUACUGGCAAACUUUAAGAUGGGGGUAUAUGUACAAUUGCUUCUGUAACAUGAAUGCUGAGUACCCAAGUAUUUGAUGUGCUCAGAGAUUUCCCUCUUUAGCCAUCCCUAAGAAACACCACUUUCAGUGGCGGGAAGAGGGUAGCGUUUUAUGUGCAUCUCAUUCCCCUUUGGAGUCCCAAAAUGCCUGGGCACACCUCUGACACAGUAGAAAAAUAAUGAAAGGGACAGAGAAGUGCAAAGAUGUUUUAGGCAGCAGGGCCUGACCCCAAAGAUAUUUAACUUCCAUUGACAUUGAUGCAAGUUAGGAGCCUAAAUACCUUUGAAGAUCUGGGUCUAGGACUUUAAUUUUAAUCCCUUUUUUAUUGUCUCUGUUACGUGCUAAUAAUAAUCUCCCUACGUUGGUGUCAUCAGGAAGGUUUGCACAUGGGCUGAUUCAGGGUGUUCUGUGGCAGUUUUCACACACACUAAACAUGAUGGUCUGUUGCAAUGGGGCUAAUGCAAAAGGCUGUUCCACAGCACUAACAGCUUUCGCCAUAUCAGUGGUUCAAAUGCUUCCCUUUGUUUCUAUUGCAGCAGGGCUGCUGUGUUCUUCACUUCCUGUUUUGAAACAUGCCGGGUGUUGCUCUGUUCUCUUAAACCUUUGCUGUGCUCUGUCUUACCAGUGGCUGUACCACAGUCGUCUGUGUAUGUACUAUAACUAUACAGAUAUAUUUAAAAUACAGGAGUCAUGGACUUUAAAUUAAA